AUGGCGAGCCCAGCGGAGGAAGAUGUACUGAUCGACUUCACAGAAAAUGAAGACCAUGAGCAGUCGCGUGCUAGCCUGCAGGACUUCCUUCAACCGCUCCAGGAUACCGCAGAACGAGUCAGCCAACAAGUCGAGAAUUUCGCGCGACGCCUGAACAAGUUUCAGCAUGAUCUAAGCCCAGACGAUCAAAAUUUGUGGGCAGAGGCAUGGAACGUGCUCGGUGAUUUUGGCAAUAUCGCGCAGGAGAGAUCGCGGGACAGUCAGCGACCGUCGUCAUUCGACAAUGGCGAUGACCAGAAAGCACAGGUUGACAAGAUCCAACUCGAGGCGGAUUUAUGGAUACUGACAAAGAACUCAUUACUGUCUCGAUCUCCGCAAGCCAGAGAGGACGCCGAGAACGAUGGUCUCAACAGCUUGAAAGAGCUACACCGAUACUCAUCUCCGCCUGAUCUCUGGAAUGCGUUCCUUGAUUGCGAUGUGGUCGCUCAGGAAUACGAGACACUCAUGGAUUGGCUACAAGACCGCGCGACUCGAGACGACAUAGAGGCAUCGAUCGAGGAGCUGAUGCUGAAUUCCAAUCGUGGCGAGAUGAAAAGCUCUGCACCAUUGUUCACUAGCUACGAGAUCAAGAAGAAGAAGCGUGCCAUCGCCCGAGACGGUCCUCUUGCACCCUCGGCAGUCCGUGGCUUUGUGUCACAGCUCGAUCCCGACGCUGCUCACCGUCAAGAAGGCGAGCUUGACCGACAGGACUCGUACUACGAGCAGGCUGCGUGGACAACCUGCUGGGAGAUGUUGAGACGUGGCAUGAAGUACCCGAAUGUGCAGGACUAUUGUAUGGGCGAAUCGACCGACUCAUCCUUCCUCCGGAUCAUCAACCUCGCGCGUAAUACGCAGUGGCAUCGCAUGUGCAAGGCGGCGGCACGAGACUCUAGCAUCCCAAUCGAGCAACGUGCUGUCUUCGGUCUGCUAUGUGGUGAUUCUAGUGUGUCGAACGAGGCCUAUCAUACCCUUGAAGAGAUCGCUUAUUCUCUCGUCAACUCGCUCAUUAUCGAACGAUACCUCCAUUUUCUAUCGACUUACGAGAUCAAGCUGCAACGUGAUACAGAGAAAACAUACCAUCCCCUGCCUGCCACUGACGACAGAUCGAAGCUAGAAGACCUUGUCAACAUGGUACGCUCGGACAUAUCGUUCAGAGAAGAAAUACAGUCACCGCACAAGCUCAUCGAAUUGGCGCUCAUAGGCUCAGAUGUCAAUGGAUUCCUCCUAGAGAUGGGCAGAGCCGCUGCGCAGGUUGCUCAGAAGCACGAUUGGAGAUCAUCAUUAAUCACGCCCGGCUCCGAGCCCGCCUUUGACGACUAUGCCCGGCUAGCAGCAUCUGAUGCGGACUCAGUACGAAUUAUUGCGCAUCUUCAGAUUGUGUGGCGGGCUCUAGGCCUCCUGGAAAAGGGCUAUCACGAAGAUGACUACAUCAUGGAGAACAACAUCGUCAGCUACAUGGCGUACUUGAUUGAAGAGAGAAAAAUCGCUUUACUGCCGCUGUACGCCUCCAAUCUCAGCGCCAUCCGUGCCUACGACGUUCUAGGAUCUGCCUUGCUAGGAGUUACAGAUAACAAGGAACGUGGGUCCCUUAUUCGUCUGAUGAAACGGUACAACUUGGACACACACCACAUCAUCACGGCAAUUGUCCUCAAGGCGAAUCAGCGAACGAUAUACGCAGAGGAGAAGGCCGAUCUGCCUUUGACUGCAGAGCGGAUCACAGUCACAGAACCGAAACAGCAAACGCAGAUCCGCGCGGGCUUCAUGGGCCAUCAGCUGUCUGUAGAAGACGAGGGAUCCAUCGCUGCUGUGGAAUGGUAUCGAAAAUUCUCGGCCCUGAAGACUCUGGCUGCACGAGUGAGCCUGGAGGACGUAUCUCUUGCAGCUCUGAGCAUGAACCUCACCUUCGGAGCGGACGAGGAUGAGGAGACCAGAGCGCCCAAUGGCGAUGCUGGGGGGGAUGGCGACGACAGGGGCACAAGAAGUCCUCGCAAACGACGAAACGGCAAAGCGACCGUUGAGCAACCACUAGCCGAACACGAGUCUCGUGCUCAGCUCUUCGCAAAGUCCAGCCUCUGGCUGCAACUGGAACAGCUUGCGCUAGCUCUACAGAUGCUCGAGACGUGGCAAGAUCUCGCCAAUGAUGUCGAAGCCAACCGUAAUAAUGAGACCGUUGUCAAGGGUAUGAAGCGCGAGCUACGCGACGGCCUGGCGACCAUCGAAGCCGCGGUAGAGCCUAUCUUCGACCCCGACUUCCUCGCCGAUAGCCCAGAGCAAGAGGGCAUUUUACUCAAGAUCCGCACCCACUAUCUCCCAGAGAUCGUCCUCGCAUUUAACUCGGCCCUUUACUUUGCUGGCAAGGCCAUCUCACGGAACAACUUGGUCAAAUGCAUGGAUUUAGCAAACACAGUAGCGACUACGCCGAAUCUGACGAACGCGUUUGUGGCCAGUGGAAGGAUGAGAGAGUUGGUCAACGCGAUUGCGCUGGAUAGCCAGGGGCUUCUGAUGGCGAAUGAGGUGGGGCUUGGUAGGAAGGGCGGGGACAAGAAGGUGAAGGGCAUGGAUAUCUGGAAUGUGAAGUGGAAGGAGAUGAGGGAUGGGACUUUAGAGGCUUUGGGUUGA